UUAACUUAGCAGCCUUACCUAUCAGUCACUUAUGUUUAUGGAAUAAUACAAUGAACGACAGGCAAAAUGAAUUUAUUUAGUUUUCUCCUCGAUGCGAAGCUGCGUUUCAAGGAAAAGAUGGACACUGACCCUUCGGUCCUAGUGUUUUAGCUGUUAUAGCGUUUUGCUGAGUCCAUUUUGCGUGUAACUGGAAAAGACAAAGAGAAAAGAGCUUUCCAAUAGCUAGAAUGGUUUGGGCCUAAAAAGAAGACAAGAGCAACAUGAACCGUGAGGACCGGAAUGUGCUCCGAAUGAAAGAAAGAGAAAGGCGAAAUCAAGAAAUCCAGCAGGGAGGAGGAGGAGAGGCCUUUCCAGCAAAUUCACCUCUCUUCCCUGAACCCUACAAAGUGUCCAGCAAGGAAGAUAAACUGUCAAGCCGUAUUCAGAGCAUGCUGGGCAAUUACGACGAGAUGAAAGAGCCGAUUGGUGACACACUUCCUAAGCUUGGCGGUAAACCAUCUAACAGCUCGUCUUCCUCCGAGGAGAAAUCGGGCCCACCUCUGUUUGGCGGGGACCAGCGCGGCGUCGGUAGCGGUGGCAGCAGCCAGAGCAGCAAGUGGACUCCCGUUGGCCCCGCGGCAGGUGGCUCUUCGUCCCAGUCCCAGAAACGCUCCGGACUCCAGGGCGGCCACGUAAGUCAGAGGAGCGGCGGCGGCGGCAGUAGCCAAAGACACGGAGGGGAGGUGCGGGAAAAGAAGUCGAGUAAACACAGCGGGGAGCACUCGAAGUCGCACACGUCGAGUCCGGCCAAGGGCUCGCUGAGCUCCUCCUCCGGCGGCGGCGGCAACAGCCACUUGCGGAGCUCCUUGUCCGCCGAGCAGAACCACAGCAAGGAGCGCUACCGCUCCAAGUCCCCACGAGACCGGGAGCCCAACUGGGACUCUCCCUCACGGGUUCACACCUCCUUCCCCACCGGACAGCACUCGAGUCAGGCUUUUCCGCCGUCUCUCAUGUCCAAGCCCGGCUCCAUGCUGCAGAAGCCCACAGCGUAUGUGCGGCCUAUGGACGGCCAGGAAACGGCAGAACCCAAGAGCUCGCAAGCGGAAAGCUACAGUGGACAGUCGCACAGCAGCACCAUGGGAGAGAUGAAGUCCAACAGCAAGGCCUCGCUCUCCAAACUCAAGAUGCCCUCACAGCCGGUAGAGGGAUCUGGUGACGCCAACUGUGUCGAUGAGAUUCUGAAGGAAAUGACUCAGUCUUGGCCCCCUCCGCUGACAGCCAUCCACACCCCCUGCAAAACGGAGCCCUCCAAGUUUCCAUUCCCCACCAAGGACUCUCACCCUUUUCCAAGCGGGCACAAGCGAGGUAGUUCGUCCAAGAGCUCGAGCAGCCACCAGUCCAAAGUGUGCGAAGACCAGCCCACGGUCCUGGAAGACGACCUGAAGCUCAGCAGCAGCGAGGACAGCGACGGAGAACAGGACUCUGCAAAGAAUGCCUCCAGGAACACGUCGGCAAGCAAUAACAGUGAAGGAGCGGAGCAGUCGAGGGACGACUCCAGCAGCCACAGCGGCUCGGAGAGCAGCUCGGGCUCCGACAGCGAGAGCGAGAGCAGCACCACGGACAGCGAGGCCAACGAGCCGCCGCGGCCCGCCUCUCCCGAGCCCGAACAACCGAUGGCCAACAAGUGGCAGCUGGACAACUGGUUCAAGAAGGCCAAGCAGUUCUCUCCGGCGUCUCCGGUGGACAAUGUUCCGACCAAGUGCAAGAAAGAGGGCCGGGACAACGGCUCCGGACGCGGCUACAGUAGCCAGGGAGGGGGCUCAAAAGACUCGGCGGCGCCCACCCCGAGCAGGGACCUCCGGGCGGCGCAGAAGGGGGCGGAGGGCGGCCGCGGCCGGCAGAAAUCCCCCGCCCAGAGCGAGGGCGGCGCAAACCCGCGGCGGAGCAUGGGUAAAAAACAGCCCAAAAAGUCCGAGAAGCCCCCGGUGGUGGAGGAGCCCAAGGGCGGGCUGAGGGUGGAGAGCGAGCCGGCGCCGGAGAUCCCUCCCCAUCGGCCCAAAGCCGCCACCAAGGGCUCCCGCAAGCCCAGCAUCAAAAAAGAACCCAAAUCCUCUCCGAGGCCGACCGCGGCCGCCGUCACCACGGCGGAUAAACGCAAAGCCAAGGCGCCCACCAAGACCUCGCAGAAGUCUCGGGAGUUCGUCGACACGGACUCGUCGUCGUCGGACUCCGAGGGGAACGACAGCAUCCCGUCGUCGUCGCAGACGCCCAAGUACACGGAGAGCAUCAGGACCCCCGUGUGCGUGUUUUCUCCAAUGGAGGAAAAAGAGCUGCUGUCGCCCCUCAGUGACCCUGAGGAGCGCUACCCCACGAGGCAGCCCCAGCACCAGGUUUUACUCGUGAAGAUCGAUCUCAGCUUGCUGUCGAGGAUCCCGGGGCGGCCCUACAAGGAGCCUGCGGAGAUAAAAGUGGAGAGGGACGACUCUCUAGACCGGGACAGCAAAGACUUCAUCAAACAGAGCUCGGAGAAGGGCUCCAUUAAGGCCAAGAGGAAACACAAGAACGAUGAAGAUGGCACGAAGCCAGAGAUCAAGCGUUGCAAGCUCGAGGAGAAGUCCGCGUCUCACCAUAAAAACAGCAGUAAAGAGUCGAAGAGGUCGAUGGAGAAGAAGGAGGAGCCGGUCCCCUCUCCGUCCAUUUCGGGUCUUCAGCGGACGCCCAAGCAAGAGCAUCCGAGUCGAAAGCGGACGGUCAGCCAGUCCUCCACCUCGUUGUCCAGCGGCACAGGAAGUGGGAAGGAGGGAAGCCACAGCACCAAGGGCAACUCCACCUCCAAGCACCGGAAAGGAGAGGACAAGGGGCGCGGCACGCGCGACGGCAAGGAGAAAUCCUCAAAGGGCUGCGAUAACCAGCUGGCGGUGCCGCCGCUCUCCACGGAUGGCUCCAAGUCUCAGAGAUCCAAGCUGGUGUUUGAGGACAGGGUCCAUUCGGCUGAUCACUACUUACAAGAGGCCAAGAAGCUGAAACACAAUGCAGACGCCCUGCUGGACCGCUUCGAGAAGGCCGUGUACUACCUGGACGCCGUGGUGUCGUUCAUCGAAUGCGGCAACGCUCUGGAGAAGAGCGCCCAAGAAGCCAAGUCUCCCUUCCCCAUGUACGCCGAGACGGUGGAGCUCAUCAAAUACACUAUGAAGUUAAAAAGCUACCUGGCCCCAGAUGCUAUGUCCGCCGACAAGAGGCUAGCGGUGCUCUGCCUCCGAUGCCAGUCGCUGCUCUACCUGCGGUUAUUCAAGCUGAGGAAAGACAGCGCACUGAAAUACUCCAAAACACUCACUGAACACUUAAAGAACUCUCUGAGCAACACCCAGGCUCCCUCUCCUGGAAUUGGAAAUAAGGCCGGUAUGUCGUCGCCCGUGUCCCCCAAACUGUCUCCGGGCACGGCCGGCAGCUACUCGUCGGUCAGCAGCAGCAGCAGCAGCAGCAGCGCCAGCUCGUCGGUCACCAUCCCUCAGCGCAUCCACCAGAUGGCCGCCAGCUACGUCCAGGUCACCUCCAACUUCCUGUACGCCACCGAGGUCUGGGACCAGGCGGAGCAGCUGUCCAAGGAGCAGAAAGGUGACAUACCUGCAGAGUUCUUCCUGGAGCUGGACAAGGCGAUGGGUCCUCUGAUCUUCAACACCAGCAGCAUGACGGAGCUGGUGCACUACACGCGGCAGGGCCUCCACUGGCUGCGGCUGGACGCCAAGCUCAUCCCCUAGCAAGGACUCGUUCCCCCCCUGCACACACACACACACACACACACACACACACACACUCGCACUCGCACCGCCGCUUCUUGAGUUCAGGAACAUGUGCUCAAAGACAGUCACGCAUGCGCCACAGACGGAUACAAUGAUGUACUGUAUGCACACACACACACACAGUUCACCUCUGCUCCUCCACACACACACUCGCACUCACACUCACUCACACACACCUUCACGUGAUGAACUUCCCAGACAUAUCUCCAACACUGUGUCCAUUUUCUACACCAGCUUGCCAAAAACACUGAGCAAUCUUAAGAGUCUCUCACACCGUCGAGGGGGAGGAACAUCGGAAACUGCAGCACAGAAACAACAACAACAACAACAACAACAGCAGCUUCAUAUAUCGGCAUCCUUACAGUCUUUGCCACGUUUCUAUCCAUUUGGCAGCGCUGGGUGAACUAUUUGCUACGAAAACAUUUAACAACGGGGUUUUUUGGGGGUUUUUCAGCUACUUUUGGCUUUUUGACCUUUUUUUAUUUGGCUUUGUUUCACCAAAGUACCUCCCAUGAACACCAAAGGUGCUUUAAAAUGAAGGUUUCUCUUUAUCAUUUGUGUGCCUUGUAUGUGAGCGACAGGAAGACAAACAGCCACCCGUCAUAUCCCAGUCAGCCCCCCCCCCCUCUCUCUUUUUUAAAAACUCAUUUUAAACAUAUUUAACAGUGAAUGGAAGCUGGGAACAUUCAGUUUUCACUUUUAAGUCCCGUUGACUCACUUUAGAGUAAAGAUGGCGUCGACCGCCUCGAGGCGCCGGAGCUUAACUCCCGGAGCACGCCCACGAGCUGGGAAGGGCUACUGUGCACAGCAGAUUAAUACUUCUGACACGCAUAUUUAUAAAUGUUUAUCGGCCUAUCCUGUGUCAUUUUUUAUUUUAUUUUCCAGAAUCACAAAAAAGAAAAUUAAUUUUCGCUCCCCGCUGGUCAGUUUGCUCAAAAACCACCGUGGUCCGGUUUCAAUGCAAUGAGCACCGCGGCCUCUAGGUGGCGCUAGCGAGGGCGUUUUUUUAGACUCUUGGCCUUAAUAAAAACAAAUUGUUCUGGUCAACGUUCUCUCUAAGAGAUUUGCUGUAUUUGAAAAGCUCCAGAAUGUGACAUGUUUGUUCACAUGUAGCGGCGGAGGAAGAGCGACUUCCACUCAGUGUUACCCAUCUCUUAUUUGCUCAGAGUGUAUUUUUCUAAGGAACAGCAGGGAGUGUCUUAAGUAUUGAAGAUCAUCUCCACACACACACAAUGCAGUUAUUCACAGUGCAUCUCACAGUGACCACGAAUUUGGCACAAACCAACGCAAGUCGAUCCGUAAUGAGAUAUUUAGAGAGGCGAGCUCGUCAGUGUUGCAUUUAUAGAAAAAAGAGUUUUAAAUCUAUCAUUAUAUAUUUAGAGAAAAAGACAAAAAGAAGUAUAACGGCCACAAUAUAGAUUUUAUUUAUAUACCGAGCAAGUUUUUUUCUUUUUUCUCCCUCCUGGCCUAAAGAAGUAUAACUUUUUUUUUUAAAUGCAUUCUUUUAAAACAGGGUUGAACCAAGGAUUAUGAGAUGCAAAGUAUUUGUUUGUGUAUGUACUUUAUUUCUUCUCCUAUUUAAAUUUGAAUCACGCUUGUAUUACGAGAAGGUAGACGAGUCCUCCGGCGAGGCGGCGGAGACGAGCGAGCGGGUUUUCUGAAUGAAGACGUUGAGGCUGCGCCCGCCACGUCAGACGACUUUGGGUGUUUUGUUCACGGACAUGAAGGACUGCUUCUUUUCUUUUUUUAAUCUGUGGUUGUGUUUCUGUCACGCUCACUUCCUCCUCAAAACAUGCUGGAAACAUUUCAGCCCAGGUCCAAUAGUACUCACGGAGAACUCCUGUUGGCUGAGUUUUGGGGGGAAAGGAAGAAAAAAGUGCCAGAAAGUUUCAGGUUACUUUCUGAAACUUUUCUUUGCCGUUUUUAUCACUUCAUUUUACACCAACCGUCAGAACGUUGAUAUUGGACCCCGGUUUGACCUUUUUUUUAUUGUGUAUUUUCUUUCAUUCACUGGCUCCCUGGCCUUAACUGUUGGAGGGGAUACUGUUAUUUCCUCUGGCGCUUGAACAAGAGAAAGCCAGAGGGGGUAUUGUUUUAAUCUAUGCAGGAUUUUUACAACAAAAAAACAACAAAAGCAUCUUUUUCUGUGGAAAAAUCUUUUCUUUUGGGAUGUUUUUUUCACCCCUGGUUCUUUUAUUCUUUUGUUGGCCUCAGUGAGAAAACCUGUUGAACUCAAGUGUCCGAUGCCUUUUUAGCUUUUUGCAAUUUUGUGUACUGGUUUAGUAAAUAUGUGUAUAUAGAUCAGUUUUUAUAACCAAACACAGAUGGCUUGAGCCAUUUUGUACUUAAAGCCCGAGGCCACUUUUCUCCUGGGGGGUCCGAGCCCGGUCUACGUCUUCAUACACUGGUUCACUUUGUGAGUACAGGUCCACGGUCUUCUAGUCAAAUGUAAAGGAAAUUAGCAUAAAAUCAAAUUUUAACAGUUUGCUAUUCGCGGUUAUUUAUUUUUCUGCCCCUUUUUUGUUGUUUUUUGGCUUAAUUAUUUCUUUUUCUAUUUUGCCUUUUUGUUUUUUUAAAGUUCCUUUUUACGAGAUGAGGAAGAUGUAAAUGUAUCGGGGGGUUGUUCAUGAGAUUUCCUUGUAAGUAAUUAAUAUUAGUUCUAACUUGAAAGAAUCCAGGGUAAGAUGAGUUCUCUUUUUAUUUUAUUUUACAUUCAGUAGGAAGAUGUUAACACUUGCAUGUUUCUAUUUAAAUACAAAUGUAUAAAUUGUAAAUAUAACAUUUCUUUAAAGGGUGAAUUUCUACUACAGGUUGACAUUUUUAUUAAAAUUUAAAAAAAUGCUGUAAAUACAUUUGUGAGAUACUUUAUGCACAUUUACCCCCUCCCCCAUCCUCCACCCCUCUUUCAUGUUCUCUUCUUCUUCCAAGCUGUUACCGAGUACAUCCCAGUCUCUCGACGCAGGAUAUCAACUUUCUUUUAUUUCUCAGUCCUUUUUUUAUUUUCUUACGGCGCUCGUCUUCGUCUCCGAGUAUCGCGGUCGCCACAUAAUCAUCGUCUCUCGAUCCGAGUGUGAAUAUUUUGUCUCCUCCGUAUUUGAUACGGAGGCGCGUACCUUUCAUGAAAUGUAUAUCGUUCAUCUCGUGGGAUGGAUGGAUGGACGGAGGUGUAUUUACUGUGUGUCCCUUCUUUUCUUUUUUUUUACAAUUGGUCCAACGUGUUUUUUGAAACAGAGGUAUUUCUCUACAGGUCAAAACAGUUGUAGCAGUUUAUACAGUAUGUUGUAUAACAUCCUUUUUUCUAAAAAGUCGUCUCCGAAGCGAGAGACCAGCAGCAUACGCGAUGUACAAUAGUCUAAAAUUGGAUUAGUUUUAAGAACUGAUAGAGAUAACUAUAUAUGAUGGAUGCAAUUUGAUUAAAGGUACUCAUUGAGUUUGAUCUUCAAACUUAGGUUAUGUAAUUUAAAGCAUUCUUGUGAAGUGAGUAUUAAUUGUGACUAAUGAGAGUCUGUCCUGAAUAUUCUUUGUAUUUUGCCGUAUUGAGAAUAAAAUAUAUAUGGAUAUGUUU